UGAUAAGUCACUUUUUUCACUGCCGUUGUAACUUUGAACGGUCGUUAAAUGACCCGUAGUAAUUUGGGAGCUGCGUAGCCUGUCGACAUUUGCUCAUUUUGUGUUGCGUUCCUCUUUAAGAUACCACUGAAAGCCACUCACUGGCCUAGGCUGAGAGCAAAACUAUCCUUGUUUUAAUAAAGGAAGGCGGAAGGAACCGGUUUGGCUAUAAAAGUCAGCCAGUGUGAAACAGAAUCGGCCUGCAGGGUACAGGGACCUCAAACUGGCCAACAUUGUGGACGUUAACUUGGUUUUUUUGUGUUCCUCUUAGAGGAUCUCUGACUUGGAAGAAGAGAAUGUCCUCCUGAAGGAAGAAAAAGAGAUGCUAAACAACAAAAUCUUGGGUCACUCAGAAGAUGAAUUUGCCAAAAAUGCACUUGAAGAAAACCUGAUGAAGAAGGAGCUUGACGAGGAGAGAGUCCGUUACCAGCACCUUGUGCAGGAAUAUUCGAGGCUGGAGCAGAGAUACGACAAUCUCAGUGAGGAGAUGGCGCUCAUCAAGCAAAGCCCAGGGCACAGAAGGAACCCCUCAAACCAAAGCAGCUUGGAAUCGGAUUCCAACUACCCAUCCAUUUCUACAUCUGAAAUAGGAGACACGGAAGAUGCGAUACAGCAGAUAGAGGAAGUGGGCUUGGAGAAGGCAGCCAUGGACAUGAGUCUCUUCCUGAAACUUCAGAAGAGAGUGCGGGAACUUGAACAGGAGAGAAGAAAGUUGAAGACUCAGCUGGAAAAGAAAGAGAACGAAAGCAAGAAAUCUCAGGUAAUUGAAACGAAGAACAAAAUGGAUUUGGACCGAGAUACAGAUCUAGCGUACAACAGUCUGAAGAGGCAGGAGUUAGAAUCUGAGAACAAGAAGCUGAAAAAUGACCUAAACGAACUCAGGAAGGCUGUUGUGGAUGGCGUGGUCCAAAACAACUCUUCCAGUGACGUUCACGACACCUACCGCCUCCUCCUGAAUCAGCUCAGGUCAGCGAGCGAAGAGCUGGAAGUGCGGAAGGAAGAGGUCCUCGGUCUCAGGACGCAGAUCCUAAGGGCGGCCCAGCAAAAAGACGCAGGCAGGAAUAGGGAAUCAAACCUGAGCACGCAAACCAGCUGGCCCAAUAGUGACAAGCAUAUGGACCCAGAAGACGCCAUUGAGGCCUACCACGGAAUGUGUGAAACAAAUCGGCUCCUUGAGGCUCAGCUCCAGGAUCAGAGAAGGGAGUACGAAGAAGAAAUAGAGGUCCUGAAGGAGCAGAUGGAGACCCUGAAGGAGGCGCUGGAGAAACAGCACGAACUCUUCCUCCAGACGCUCCAGUUGUCGCCAGAGGCCCAGGUGGAGUUUGGCAUCCAGCAGGAAAUCUCCCGGCUGACCAGCGAAAACCUGGACCUGAAAGAGACGCUGGAGAAGCUAGAAAAGAAUGAGAAGAAGCUGAAGAAGCAGCUCAGGAUUUAUAUGAAGAAAGUGCAAGAUUACGAAGCUGAUCAAACCACUACACAGUCUGAAAAACGGAAACACGAACUCAGUCGGCACGUUGCCGUCCAAAGGAAGGAAAAAGACUUCCAGGGAAUGUUAGAAUAUUAUGAAGAAGAGGAGCCUUUGCUCAUAAAAAAUCUCAUUACAGAUCUGAAGCCCCAAGCAGUAUCUGCCACCGUGCCCUGCUUGCCCGCCUACAUCCUUUUUAUGUGCAUCAGACACGCCGAUUACACUAAUGAUGAUCAAAAAGUGCACUCGUUGCUUACCUCCACUAUUAACGGCAUUAAAAAAGUAUUAAAGAAACACAACGAGGACUUUGAGAUGACGUCAUUCUGGCUGUCCAACACGAGUCGCCUUCUCCAUUGUCUGAAGCAAUACAGCGGCGAUACGGGUUUCAUGACUCAAAAUACCCCAAAGCAGAACGAGCACUGCCUGAAGAACUUUGACCUCGCCGAGUACCGCCAGGUCCUGAGUGACCUCUCCAUCCAGAUCUACCAGCAGCUCAUCAGAAUUGCUGAAGGCGUCUUGCAGCCCAUGAUAGUGACGGCGGUGCUGGAGAACGAGAGCAUCCAGGGGCUGUCGGGGGUCAAGCCGAUGGGCUACCGGAAGCGGAGCUCCAGCAGGGGGGACAGCGAAAACGCCUACAGCUUGGAGGCCAUCCUCCGCCAGCUGAACACCUUUCUCAGCGUCAUGUACGACCAGGGCCUGGACCCAGAGAUCAUCCAGCAGGCCAUCAAGCAGCUCUUCUACAUGAUCAACGCCGUGGCCUUGAACAACCUCCUGCUGCGGAAGGACGUCUGCUCCUGGAGCACAGGCAUGCAGAUGAGGUUUAACAUCAGCCAGCUGGAGGAGUGGUUGAGAGGGAAGAACUUGCAGGCAAGCGGGGCUGCCAAGACCCUGGAGCCCCUGAUCCAGGCAGCCCAGCUGCUGCAGCUGAGAAAGAAAAGCCCUGAGGACGGGGAGGCCAUCUGCUCCUUGUGCACAUCCCUCACCACCCAGCAGAUUGUAAAAAUACUAAAUCUUUACACUCCUGUGAACGAGUUUGAAGAGCGAGUGACAGUAACCUUCAUAAGAAACAUUCAGGCCCAGCUGCAAGAGCGAAACGAUCCUCCACAGCUGCUGUUAGACUUCAAAUUCAUGUUCCCCGUUUUGUUUCCGUUCAAUCCUUCGUCUCUGACUAUGGACUCUAUCCACAUCCCAGCCUCCCUUAACCUGGAAUUCCUUAACCGAGUUUGAAGACUACAAUAUAUAUAUAUAUAUAUAUAUAUAUUUUUUUUCAGCCCAAUUUCCCCAAAGCUGAGGGGUUAAAAAAAAAAGAAGUAAAAAUGUAGAAUCUCUUCAGAUACGGACCAAAUAAUGGUGCCAAUGAAUCAGUGCUAAAUUGUGCAGGAUAAAAAAAAAAAUACUCGCGUUAGAUGCUUUUUGGUUUGCCUG